UCAAAGCGAGGCGUCAUACCCCCUCGUAUAUCAGUUAUUGGCCAUUUCACGUUCUGAUGUCGAAAUGAACGGAAUUUUAUUUUCCGUCGGAUUUGUCUCCUUGUUUUUAAUAGGGGUGGUGGAGAGCACAGGAAAGUUAACAAUUAAACUUUAUUCUUACGAUAACGUGCAAGGAACGACGUACGAUGGCGAAUGCUGCGACUCAGACGUUAAGAAGUGUUUGCUCGACAAGUGCGAUCUCAAGUUUGACAUCUGUGUUGGGAAACACAUAGAUGGAUCAUACGACUGUACUUACGGCACUAAACAGGUGAUAUCACCUACUGACAUGAACAGUAUUGAGUUCACCGAUGUCUUCAACUUCGCUAUCACGAACAGUUUAAAGGAGGACUUGUACAUACGAGUUAAUGUGACAGACCAGGACUCGGAGGAGGCAACUGAUCUGGUUGAUGCCUUUCACUUUAAGUAUAGCAGGACAGCUUUCUUUAAUUCAUCAUUGGCUGAAUACAUGGAUUAUUUUAUUAGAGGAGAAAGAAAAAAUAAUCCAACAAGGUUGAAUUUUAGUUUGGCGUCUUACUGUGACCAGAACUACUAUGGGGAGGACUGCAGUAUAAACUGUGUGCCUGAGGACUUUGGAUGUAAUGGACACUAUAGAUGUAGGGCCGACGGAGCCAAAAUAUGUCUACCUGGCUGGAAGGGGCCAAACUGUGACAUACAGAUCCCUGGGGGAGAGGGAGACUGUAGCUUCUAUAAAGAUUCCAACGAGUUAUUGCCAAGCUUAUGGAUGGGCAGCUAUGCCUGCCCUGAUGGGAUAUCACACAUUAUACAGGUGAAUGUUACCCAAAGAAAAGUGGGUAGUAUAGAGAUGACAGCUGUUUUGACAUUUGAGGGAAUUUCAACCAUAGCUACUGGAACAUUUGGUCAUAGAUCAUUAAAUAUACAAAGUAAAGAUAAUAAUACUUCUGUGAUUCUUUAUGGGACUCAACCAGCAAACAAUUUGACUACCAUGACUGGAGACCUAACAAAAGAUGGGAAAUCAUGCCCCCUCACUCUGAAUAUGCAGAAAUCUUAUUUCAACUAUUGUGGGUCCGGUACUUGUGUGAGAUAUGGUCAGCAGAAAGACGAAUACUACUGUUGCUGUGCUAAUAGCAAUAAAGCAAGUGUUACAUGUGAGACUACAACAACUGCAGGAGUGACAUCACCAACUACAACAAGCACAACAGCAACACCAAAAACAACAACAGAAAAACCAACAACACAGAAACCAACAACACAGAGACCAACAACACAGAAACCAACAACUGAAUCAACCACCCCUGAAACAACAACCACAUCAACAACAACAACUACACAGCCAACCUCACCAGAAACCACAAUCUCUACACCAAAACCCACCACGGAACAACCUACCACAGAGUCAACCACCAAAUCCACCACCACUAAAGCUACUACCAUGCCAGACACCACUGAAGCCACCACAGUCACCACAAAGCAAUCAACAACACCACCAUCAACCACCACCACCACCAAGGUGGCAUCUAGUCCCAGUACGGUGGUGACAACCAGUAAACCAGUGACUCCAUCAACUUCCCCAGUCCAGGUUUUAGAAGACAGUUUCUUCAUUAAUCUUCUGGACAAUGAGAUUGAUAGCCCAGUGAUUUCUGCUAUAGAGGAUGCAUAUGUGGAGGCAAAUAAAGAUAAGAAUUUACAAAGGAAGAAUAUUGAGUUUCCAGAUAGCAUACUUCGUUCAAAAUAUGUCUACGAAAAAAGGAAACACCGAGGUGAACUCCUCUCCCUAGUGAAGUAUAAUAUUUCUAUAUCCGGCGUAUCUGCCACCAUCAAAGUUCCCGCCAAGCAUGAUAUACAGAUACAGGUCAUGAAACAAUACACAGACAAUGUAAGGGUUUAUGAAGUAUCCAACAAUCUACUGUUCCCUGAGGAAUUCAGUUUCCAACUCAAUGUUUAUGGACCAGGGCCAGGGGAUAAUGAAAUGACCUUGUGGGAGAAAGUCAUUCUGGAUGUUUAUAAUGCUGAAAGUAACUGCAGUUCACAGGCCUGUCAACUGAAUUCAGUCUCAAUCAAAUGCACAGAUGAAUACAUGGAUUAUGAAGGAAGGGAAGUGACAAGGUUGUAUAUAUACAUAUUUACUGGGAUACUAGCUCACCCGCCAACUAAUGCUGGCCCAUAUAUUCGAGCUUUGCAAAACCAUUCAGCAAUCAAGGCCACGUUCUUUUCUGGCAGUCUCGAUUUGCACAACCUGCUGUGGUACCGGCAUCAUUAUGAUCUAUUUAUAGAAGGCUCAGUGGAUCAGAGAGACUUGCCUGAAUUUGUGAGGAGGUUACAGAAUGCAUGGUACAGCGCUGAACCAGGAUAUUACUGUACACUCUGUAAUGCAUCCAUUCAUAGGAUAGAGAAAUAUGUUGGAGAAAAUGGGGAGUCAUUGACAGCUAUAGUGUACUUCUUCAAAGUUCGGGAAAUCUUUUCAAUGCCAAUUAUGGAUGAAAAAUACAAUUAUAUACAGUAUAUAAAGCUGGAUAAAUUGACUGAUGUCAAUGGGAACCAGUACAGAUUAUAUAAUGGAACAAAGAAAUACCGCUAUGAGCAUGCUUACAAUCUCCUCAUAGACGGCCAGAUAGACCCAACAGAUCGAAGCCAGUUUACUGCAGCCUUGAAACAGGCAUGGCUGGAUUACAAUGCAUCCCUGACUAGCAUUACUCCUAGUUAUUUAAUGGAAGAGUAUGUCAGUUCAACAGGUGACUUGGUGACCAAUAUUGUGUGUUUUAUCUCGCUCGGUGACCUUGAUAUGGAUGCUCGCCUGAUUCCUGCUCCCACAAUGACAUGGUUACACCUAUGGAGGAUGAACCAAUCAAAUCUCGUCUUCACCAGGGCUGGAGGCCAGGCAUACCAAAUCUACACCAAGUUCUCACUCAGUCAACUCCAUCUCAGGACAGACCUGUUUUCAAUGUAUUUUGAAGGAUAUAUUAAGGUUGAAAAUUGGAUAGAAAUUCAGAAAUCUCUGCAGAAUGCAUGGAAUUCUACAAACUUUUCAGGAAAAAAUAUCAGUGUUCAAAUUUUGAGGAGCAGUACCUAUUCUGUGUAUUUCAAAAGAGAGACUGUCACCAUGUUAUGGUAUAGUCUCCGUGUGGAUGGUAAACUGGUUUCCCCAUUUACUGUUCUGUACAGCCAGAGAACACUGGUGUACAACAUAUCCAUGGUCUCUCUAGCAUCCAGAUUCCCUGUAUAUGUUUUAAAGGACAGGCUACUCGACAGGGGGAACCAGUUUACUCUUUACUUUACCACCAAGAUUAACUACCUAGACUUUGACCUUGGACUGAAGACUCAGCUUCUUGAUGUUAUCAAAAGGAAAUGGAGAGAUUCUGGUAACUACAAAAAUUUAGAUUUGUACAUUGAUUUCCAAGAAAAAGUGUAUGGAACAGACAGCAUGGUACUUUGGAAGUUAGUAUUCUACUUGACGUCCAACCAGCGAGAAAUCCACAGUCAAUUUGUCAGCUCUAUCACUCACCAGCUGUUCCAGUCAGAGGAAAUCAAGGGCAUAUCUGGUCAAUUGUAUCAUUUAUACAAAGGUCAAAUGUCAUCUACUUGGUUGUCCUACAACAGCCAUUUCUCCUUGACCUUUGGCUCUGAGGUGUCAAGGUUGGAUUGGUUAAAGGUCAAACAAACACUCUCCAGCCAGUGGUGCAGAAACAGGUUUGUAUGUGGGAACGGACAAGAUGUUUCUAUUACCAUUAAAGAACAGGAGCAGUACUGGAAUGACAUUUCAAGGCAAUGGAACUGGCAGCUGGUCUACUUUGUCCAUUACAAAAAUCACCUGAUAAGUUCUCAGUCUCAUUCCUCCAUCGAUACAAAUAAACUUAAUUUCUCUUGGACAAAUGUAUAUAACGGAACUUAUCACCUGGUGAAAGCAAGCAGUGGAUGGUGGAAAUUCUCUAGGUCAUUCCACCUGUGGACAGAGGAGCACUUGACGAUCAAUACUGAGGCCAUGGACAAGAUUCGUUUGGUCUUGCUGCAAGCCUGGUAUAAGAUGAAUGUCAGAUCUGAUUUAAAGACUUGUAAUUGCGUUUCCAUUCAUAUUCUACCACAGCAAAGAUAUUAUGCAGGAAAUGGAAAGUCACUUUGGAAGUUGACAUACUUUAUCUUAUACAAGGGUAAAGUAGUAAUGGAUGCCCAUCUAUGGCCAGCAUUAAACACUGCUCUAAUUGACUGGAGCACUGUGACCUCUCAAGAGGUCAAGGUCAAGACUGAUAUUGACCUCUAUUACUAUCUGUACAUGCUGAAGUUUUCUCUGAAUCAUAAGCUAUCUAUAUCUGAGUAUGGAAAGGUUGAGAAAGCCCUGACUCAGGAAUACACCAUCAAACAUCCAGAAUGUGGAUGCCAUGUUUCCAUUGCCCACCAAGAAGAGGUUAUUGAUAGUCAAGGAAAAUCUUCCUGGAUAGUGUAUUACCACCUUGUAAAGAAUGGAACCUACCAGAAUCCCUCUUCCUACACUCCAAUUAACUGGGGCCUCUUCAGCUCCAAGCACAACUUUACAUCAUGGGAUGGCCACAAAUUGGAUUUCUCAUGGUCUCGGUAUGGAAAUCAUAAGUUUGUGGGAUACAGCCAAUCAGGAGGCUUGUUUCUCCAGACUUGGGUUCCUCCAUCACUGUAUGGUAAUUUUGCAGCAUGGUUAGAAUGGUACUACCAAAGAUAUUUCAAAGACUCCACAGUUCAUGUAGAGAUGACAAAUACAACCCGAGAGUACAAGAAAACAGAUGGGUCAUCUGUCUGGCAUCUUCCAUUUAUUCUGAAAGUCAAUGGCAGCAUUGUUACACCACCCUCAAUCAAUUCAACGACCUUUGAGACGACCUUCAACACAACAUCGCAAUGGAAGCAGAAGUUUACAUUGGUGCAUACAGAUGAGGUUACGGACAAACACAAGGUCUUCUCAAUCCUCUUCAACCACAAAGUGUCAGAGCCAGCUAAGGAGGAGAUAAAAAAAGCCAUCAUUGCCACAUUUGUUCAGCAACACCCUGGUGUGAACUCCUCUUUGUUGAAUUUGACCUUUGGAAGUCAACAAGAAACUUUCUCUAGCAAGGACAACAAAACCACUGGAAAAUCUUCAUCAUGGGAGUUGAGUUACACCAUCAGUGUUGGUGGUUCGACUGUAGAUUCCAGAAGUACCACCAGUCUUAACACCUCCCUCUUGACCUCUAACCUCAAUGUCACAGGGCCAAACAAUGUCAAGUACAGGGUCAUCACAAACACAGAGGCCCACACAUACAUUGCUGCCAGUCGAGUCUCCUCAUUGUAUGUCAAAUCCUUUGUGUCUGUGGAGGACAUCAAAAAGAUGGAGGAAAAAAUUGCCAUUGCUUGGAAACAGCAGUAUAAUAUUUCUGAAGAAGUAAAGGUGACCUUCAUUAGGCAGAAACAGUAUAUGAACAACAAUGGAGAGGCAGUGUGGAAGUGGGACUACACAUUGAGUUUGAACAGUUCCCACUUGGUGAGGGCAGAGAUUCCCCCUGUGGACCACACCCACUUACAAGGGACUGUUGGGAGUCUGGUCUCUGUGACAGGAAGGAAGUACCAGCUGGUCCAGUCCAGUGUCAACUUCCUGGACUAUCGGAUGCACUUCCCUCUGUAUCUCACUUCAAAGAUGGCUAAAGAAAACAAAGACGACUUCAAGAAAUCACUAGAGGAAGCUUGGGCCAAAAAAGGUUUAGGAGCUGUGUCUGUUCAAAUAGUGACACAGGAAGAAAUUAUUGACAAGACAACUGGUGUUUCCUCUUGGAAACUUGUCUACUUUUUGAAACACAAAUCUUCAAACGCUGUCGUGGACUCUCGAGUCACUGAGAAUAUUAAUGCCACUUACCUGUUUCCUGUGGUUGGGCCGAGAGGUGUGUACAGGUAUCGCACUCACCUGGACGUCUCUCAACACUUGUCCAAAUCCAUGUCAAAAUAUAUCACAAUCAACACCAAACUUGACAUAAAGGGAAGAGCUACACUUGGACGUGCAGUUACUGAAGUCUUAAAAAGCAGCAUCACGGAAACUAGCCUGAAAAGCUCAAUAUCUGUAGAAAUAGCUGGACAGGAGGAAUAUUUUACCAAACAAAAUGGGAGAGCUUGGAAGAUUUUGUAUUUUGUGAGACUGGGUGGUGACUAUGUCCCAGCUACGUCCCUGGUCAGUAUCGACCAGAACCGCCUAGUGGCUCUUCUGUCCAACUUCACCACCUCUCACAACCAGCGGAUCCAGCUCAUCAAGGAGAUUGACCUGCAACACAGCUACAGAAAUGCUUUCUCAGUUUAUUUCACUUCCAAAGUGGCAGUUGCUCAUUUUCUCAGAAUUCAACAGUCGAUAGUCAAAACAUGGGAGAAAUCAACAGUGUACACACAGUGCAACUGCCUUGGUAUUGAUAACAUAACAGAGAACCACCAGGAGGAGGUGAUAAAUAGCCAUGGGGUAUCUUAUUGGAAGCUGAAUUAUUUCCUGAAGAGAAGCAAUGGUUCAGUGGUAGAAUCCAUGACACACAUACCACUGGAUCUGGAUGAAUUCUCUAAGGCUCUCACCAAUGUGACCAAUGUCAAGGGUAAACCAUACCAGGUCAAGGUCGUUACUGGGACUGUAGUAAGGUCAAGGAUGAUGUUCUCCUUCCACAUGACAACAGAGAUUGGAUAUAUGCAUAGGGAGAAAUUCCAGUCAUCUAUAAAAGCAGCUUGGAUACGGAUGCAGCCAGAUACUCUAAAGGCUGGGGAGAUUUCAGUUAGAAUUUACAGGAACACUAGAUUUGUGGAUAUAUUAAAAAGAAAUGCAGUUUGGCAGGUGGAUUAUGUGAUUGAGAAAUCCAGCAGUAAGGUGGAUCCUCUAGAACUCCCCCCACUUCCAAUCGCAGAACUUCAGAAGAACCUCACGUUCCACAACCCCCGAGGUGUCCUCUAUCAGGUGGUGGACACGCCCACUGGUCUGGUUGACUACAGGAUGCACUUUGGCUUGUUUGUGUCCGUGGAGAUCAAGUCGACAGAUUUUGUCCACUUCAGUUCUGCCCUAGAGCACUACUGGGCCUCCAAAGAUGGUUAUAGAAAUAGUUCAGCCGCAGUAUAUUUCCAGGAAAGAUUUGUUAACAGUUAUGGGAAAAUGUUGUGGAAAUUGGUAAUAUUCAUGAAGAAGGGCGUUGCUUACCUGGACUCAAGGACAUCAGAGAGUGUGAACACCACCCAUCUACAGGGCAGCAUCACGGCUGUAGACUCCCGGGGUCACAAGUACCAGUUAGUGAACGACCGAUCGAACACUCUCAGGAGAUACGACGCUGGUUUCUCUUUCCUCCUCUCUCGUACUGUUCUGAGAUCAGACCUCAUUCAUGUUUCAAAUGCUAUCAAAGAAACCUGGACUCUGACAGAAGUAGGACUAAAGAAUAUCACAGUCGAAGUCAUCAGUCAGGAAAAUUACUAUACCUCAAAAAUGGGACUUACAAGCAAGAUUCUUUACUUCCUGUCCGUGGAUGGCAGCUGGGUGGACAGUGGAAUGCUGGGUAAUGUGAACGCGACGAUCCUCCAACAGAAAUUAACAUCCCUGUCCACUAGCCACAAGUACGAGCUGGUAGUAGUGACGAAGGAGGACUUGUACAGAUAUGAGUGGCUGUUUACUCUGGAUCUGUUGGUACCUCUCCUCUCUGUGGACUACCGUAAGAUGGAAUCUCAGUUAGCAGCAGCAUGGAUGGCAGAUAAUUCAACAAAUUUUAGGAAUUUGACCAUCAAAAUUUUGCACCAAGAGAGUUUGAUAUCUGGACAAGGAGUUCCAGUGUAUCGUAUUCUAUAUUUUAUGAAUGGAGACUCCAAAGUGCAGAGAGCCACACAGCGUAGAGCUUUAAGCUCGUCUAUGCUGACUCGGAAUGUAACGCUACAGAAACCAGGGGCCAGCUAUAAGUACAUAGAUAAACUGUACGGAGGUGGAAGUGAUCUGUUCCGCUACACAGAUCUGUUCAGUCUUCACUUCAGGGACAGGGUGGCCAACUACUCUCUACUGGAGAGUCAGAUUAAGGAGGCUUGGAAUUCAUCUGUUAAUGUUGAAGGUGAAAAGAUAGCUAAAGUGUCCAUUGUUGGUCAGGAGAAGAUUCUCUUAAAAAAUGGAGACUCGGCAUUCCAACUGUUGUAUCAUGUGGAGAGCAGAAACCAGGACUACACCAUUAACAGACCUCUGAUCUUGGGUCCUUCCCAUGAUGCACUGGUCAAACAUGUAAAAGUGGAGGGUCCCACUGGGGUGGCCAAAAGAGUGCUGAACGUGACCGAGGGGUUCCGAAUGUCCCAGGUGUUCAGUGUGGUGGUCAACAGACAGGUGUUUAUGUCUGACCAGUCCAAGUUUGAAAGCAGCCUCCUACAUUCCCUGAAGAGUCAGUGGUCAGAUGUCUCUUCCGAACUGUCUUUUACUGUCAGAUCCAAGGAGAGAGUUGUUGACAAGAGUUCAAGAAAAAUACUUUGGCGAUACAGUUAUGUGGUUACCUCUAAUGGACAUGCCCUGGAUGUUUCCCGUCAUUAUGGGGUCAGCAGUACGACCUUGACCUCUAACCUAAAUUUCACUUCUCCAAGUAAAGGAAACUAUGCUGCAGUCAAUACAGAAGUGGGAUCCUACAAGGAAAUGUUCUCAUUACAAGUAGAAAACAUUCAGAGUACCUUAAAAACUCAAAAGAUUUUAGAGGAACUGAGAAAGAUAUGGACAGGAAAUGUACACGUUGCUGGCAACUUAUUAAGAGAAGAGUAUCUUUCCAUAGAAGGGGCACCUGUAACAAAGUUGAGUUACUUUGUGGAAAAAUCUAGCGGUUUACCAGUGUAUCCCUCCGUUACCAAGCCCCCAGUGUACGAUUCAUUGGCCACCAGUGUAGGGGUGAGGCUAUUUACAGGAAAGUCCUCCCUGCGGUACUCUGACUGCUUCAGACUUUAUGUCGGUCUCCCUCAGUGGACAGUGGACAGGUCCAGCGUAAAGAAGGCCCUCACUCAGGUCUGGACGACACACUCUCCAGCAACCAAGAACAUAACUAUAAACCUUAUAAAUGGAAUGGAUGCAUUUGUUGGGAGUUAUGGCCUUAGAUUGUCAGCCCUCCUAUACACAAUUUCCUACCAGUCUGCUGGACAGACCAGAGUUAUGACCCCUGAUAUAACGAUCCAUCCAGAGAGUGAAAAGGUCCAGACAGCUCUGUCUUCCCAGAAGUCCAAGCUGACAAUAUAUAGGUCCACCCCACUCAGAACCCGGUCCCUAUUUCAAGUUUCUCUGAUCCACAAAAGGAAUGUGACAAUGUCUGUUUCACAUGUUCAGAGAUUGAGCGUUAUGAUCAAGGGUGCAUGGAACAGUAUGGUACAAAAUAAAGUGGAAACUGUAAUUGUUUACACACAAGCAUACAGAACUUUGAAUGGAAGGUCACAGAUCACAAGGUUAUACUAUCAUGUCCAACAGAACAACCAAACUGUUGAACCAUGGGAAGACAAGGUACAACCUGCCAAGUUCCAUGAAAAUCUGGCCAAACUGCUGCAAAAUGACUCUUCUCUUGGGGACGAUUUUAUGAUGAGCAGCCAGGCAGAGACGAAGGUGUAUACUCUGUUUGUUCAAGGUCAUCAGAAGGACUUCUCAGAUAUACGUACAGCCAUUCAGAGAAGCUGGCAGAGUAGUAUCACAGGGUCAGUGGUAGUUACUACACAUGGUGCCCAUAAAUAUGUAAGUGAUGAAUGGAGGGAUGUGACCAAGCUUAGCUACACUGUCACAGUCAAUGGAUCCAGUCCAGAGAUCCUGAAAGUCUCACCUCCAUAUUUUGAAAUGAUGGAAGCUGAACUAAAGAAAGUGAACAAAGCACAGUGCCCCUGCUAUGCAAAGAAAGCACAAAAGGAGUACUUGUUGGGAACCAAGACCUCCAUAAAAGUCAAUAAAGUCCAGGAAGCCCUCAUGUCUGCCUGGACCAGCAAAAAUCCAGGUAUACAAGGUCAGAAGUUGACAGUGAGAAUCAAAGAUGUCACAAGUCGACAGAAGAGAGAGAAAGACAGUGCAACAAUAAAGACCAAGCUAGUGGGCAAAGACAAUAAAGAGAUUACACCUGUCCACUAUAUGGUAGCAAUGGAUGGUCAUGACCCUGACCCUACAUUUGUGGACACACCCACCAGUAAUGACCUUGCACAACCUUUGAACCAGGCAGGUGCUCCUCCUUGUGGCUGUAGCCCAAAAUUGGAAGGAAGCUUCCAGUUGAAAGGAGCAACUAAUCCUAGUGACAAGGGGAAGAUCACAGAUGCCAUUGCUGAUGCUUUUGCAAAGGAAAACAAAGAUGUAAACAAGAAAGAUAUCAAAGCUGAUGCAAAACUAAACAACACCAAGAGUAAUGGAGAGGAUGUGACGGUAGUGGAUUACACGGUCCAACGAAGUGAUGAUGAGGCAGUGGAGAACUUGAGGUCACCUAAGCGUGUCGACCUGGAAAGAAGUCUGAGUACAGUUGGGAAAACCCUGUACUCUAAAGCACCGGCCCCUCCCCCAGAAGAGGAGGACGACAAGAUUAAGCUUGCUGUCUAUAUAGCAGUGGGUGUGGUGGCCUUCAUCAUUCUAGUCAUGAUUAUCUGCUAUGUUGCGUACAUCAGAAGCAGGCGAAGGAAGAAGGGCAACUUACUGAAGAGAGAGCAGACAGUGAAGGAGAACAAUUUCUUUGACACGGAACAUUUCAGUGAGCCUGCCGCCUCUCACAUGUAUGAGAAUCCACAAUACGAGCCAAGCCCCGUCAAGCAAGAUCUCAGAAAUGUGUGACGCGACCAUUCCUAGAUUAAUUUCUGUGAAGAUAUAAAGUUGUUAACAAGUAGAUCGGGGAAUAUCAUAGUGGUUCUAGGUUCUUUUUGUUCAUGAUUUGCCUCACUUCCGUGAAAUUUAAACUUCAGUGAUUCAGAGUUAUGAAUAUUAAUCUUGCCAUGUGAAUUGUAGCAUGUAUUAUCUGUUAGUGUCAAAUUAGAACCAUAGUGACCUCUACUUUCACAAGAAAUCAUGAAAAGUUGACACUGGAUACAGUAAAAUCAUUUUACAGUACCGUAUUUUAUCUGUCUCAAUGGCUUAUCUAUGCAAUCAAAUAGCAGAUCUCGAACCUUUCUCUGAAAUGCUGAGAAACCAACAGUUACAAUGUUUUACAUCAUGUUUUAAAUUCAGAUGAGUUUAAAGUCAACAUUCAACGAAUGAGUCCUCCUAAUUCUUUGAUAUUUCUUUAAACUAUAUUUUCAUUCCUACUAGAGACUUUAUUUUUACGACUGUAUGCAUGAUGUGGUGACAGUAGUGCUUCCGUCCGUGUUCUUGCCUGUCUCAAUGUCUGACCAACUAUUUCUCUUGCCAGCUGUUUAUUCUUAGAUGAACUAGGUGUUUUAAUUUAGAUUUUUUAAAUGUUUUAGAACAUGCAAUAUUGUUUGCAACAUACAAUUAAGGUUAAUAUAUACCUGGGUUUUUGUUUUUUGUAUGGCUAGCACUUGGUUAUUUCAAAUUACCAUUAUAUAACUGCAUGCGUUUUUGUUUUGUACAUAUGAGAACUGAUCCAUUUAUCAAUUAUUGUAAAAUCUUUUUUUAUGUUCCCAGUGAAAAAUAUUUGAUAAAGUGGUUGUAAGGAGAUCUAGAAAAUAAAUUAAAUUACAGAUGAUAUAUAAAUAUGGAAUAUAUAUAGUUCAUGACUUAAAGUGCUGCUUUUCUUUUUUGUGUUUUCUGUGUCACUGCUUUAUUUAUUGAUGUGUAUAAUGGGUAAAUGUAGUACAUGUAUGUGUAAAGCUUUAACCAGGGAAUAAGAGGAAAGCAUGUUAUCUUUGUGAACUUGCCAAUAUGAAGAACAAACAAGUUGUCUCAUCUUUAACACAGGAUUGAGUGAUAUUAUGAAAGGAAAUGUAUGUGUGUAUUAUCCUGUAAUGUAACUAUAGAUUUAUGGCAUUUUAUAGUCUACAGGGAAAAUAUUAUUCAUAUUGCCUGUAUAGGGAAAUAUUUACACAUGUACAUGUAGUUUUUUUUUAAAUUGUUGGUUUCACAAAUUGCUGCUAUUUUAUGCAAAAUUGUUUUCAAACAUUGAAUUAUUCAUCCAACAUUAGUUUAUAUUGGAUGCAAUUCACAAUGUCUUUAAAACUUGAAUUAAGAAAGAAUCACUUUUAUGGCAUUAUUAUAUACAUGUACAUGUACAUCUAUUAAAAGUUUAAUUUACCUCAUGUAGUUAUUUGCAUAAACUUUAUCGGCAAAGAAUCCUAUUAUAGGUUAGGAUAUAUUAAUUAAUACUUGGUACUCUCUAUGGUUUGAUAUCUAUAUCAUAUUUUGUUAUUUUGUUGUGAUUAGUGCAUUUUUAGAAUAGUCUUUCAAAACUGUCAGAUAUGAUCAUUACAUUGCUUUGGAGUCUAAUGAAGAGUUGUCUCCCUUCAAAACACAAUCUUACUCGUAAAAUCCUUGAUGAUCUUAAGCAUGUUUAAAAAUACAGAGAAAAUUACAUAUUUUGUUGAAAGUCAUACAUUGUAAGUGUCUUUACAAAAAUAAACUUAUUAUUUUUAUUUA